AUGUAUGAUAUUUUAUUCGAAACCUUUGCUGAUUACAUCUCUGUUGCCACUCAAAUUUACAGAUUGAACAUUUUUACUCCUAUUUAUCAAGAUGAUGUUUCGACAUUAGCGCAAACAACCAUAUAUAUUGUACGAAAGUAUCAAAUACCAUGCAUUUCGUUCUUCUUGAUGAUAGAUAAAGCAUGUUCCUAUAACAGAAAGUACACAAGAGUAUAUUGGAACUUGUUCACUAAAUUAAUGGACGAAUUUAAGUUCGACAAGUUUGAAAACUUCGACUUCUCACCUUUAUUUUCAGCUUUCAUCAAAUAUAAAUACAAUCAGACAACAGCAAAAUUCUCUCACGAAAUACAAAACGAUGACGAAUUUAACAGCUUAAUGGAAGUUUUUAAGAGCGAUACACUUAUGCAUGCUAUGCUAUACGAUGAUGUAGAAGAGUUUAAGAAGCAUGUAGACUUCAAUUACCUCGAAAAAUUCGAUUAUGAUCUCGAAGAUAAGCUAAAAUUACCGUGGUUCAUACCAUACAACUCGAAUUCGAUCUCAGAUUGGGUUUGUCAGUUUGGCGCAAAGAAUUGUUUCGACUUUUGCGUUGAAAAAGGAUUAACAAUUACAAAAGAUCAUCUUAACUUAGCUUUUCUUGGAGGAAAUUGUUUUAUCAUUGAUAAGAUAAUCGAAAAAAUAGGCAUUGAUAACCUCAAAGACUUUCCAAUGACUAAUGUUAUUAUUAAUCACGACAAUGGCUACAAAAUGAAGUUCUGGAGCCCAUCAAAAGUCAGUUUCGAAGAGAUUUCACAGCAUCAUGACCUUCUUUUAUACAUUUACAAGCUUUGUGAAACAAAGAAUUUCAAUUCUGCUCUUUUAUAUUGCGUUCCAUUUGGUAUUUUGCCAUUUGUCAAUUAUCUCCUUGAGAAUGGUGCAGAUGCAAAGUCAGGUGCAGGUGCAACAGCUCUAUAUAUCUGUUGCAAGGAGAAAAAUCCUGAAAUUUUGUCACUUUUGGCAUCAAGAGGAGCUAAUUAUGGUGUUGUCACUGUUUGCAACUUGAGUGAAGCCGAGAUUGCACGUAAGACGCGUGAUAUUGACUUCAGACACUUCAUGCUUCUUGGUGGUGGUUCUCUUUUAGAUUAUUGCGCUGUUUUCGAUUCUGUCGAAGUUGCUACAAUUUUAGCACGAAAACUCGAUGUUAAUGGAAAGAAUUCAAGAAGAAAACAGACAAUACACAUUGCAGCUAUGCACAAUUCCGAUGGUAUUGUCAGACUUCUUCUCCAAAAGAAGGUGAACGUCAAUGCUUUGAACAAAGGAAAAAGUACUCCUUUACACGUCGCCGCUCGAUAUAAUUCUGUCGAUGUUUGCAAGUUGUUGAUUGAGAAAGGUGCAGACACAAAACUCCUAAAUGCUAAAGGAAUGACAGCUCUCCAUAAAACAGUGAAAAAUGAAGCAAUUGAUGUUGCAAAUUUGUUAUUACAAAAAGGUUUGAACAUCAAUCAAAAAGAUUCAAAUAAUUUGAAUAGUUUACAAUUGGCGGUUAUUAAGAAUCGCGAAAAGAUCUGCCAAUUGUUUUUAUCGAAAGGUGGAGAUAUAAAGGUCAAAGAUGAUGAAGGACGUUCGUUAUUACAUUUAGCCGCAAGGAACGAUGCACAGGAUGUUGCACUUUUAUUAAUUGAGAAAGGUCUUGAUGUCAAUAUCAGGGAUGCAAAAGGAAUGACUCCUUUAUUGAUAUGUGCUGUUUUAGGAAACUCAUCAAUGGCUAAAUUGCUGAUCUCGAAAGGUGCUGACGUGAAUUUGGCAUCGAAGGAAGGAUCAACAGCUUUGCAUCUUGCCACAAAUCAUCAGGAAUUGGGUGUUUUACAAGCAGUUUUAGAAAAAAACCCAAAGACAAAUAUUCAGGAUUCUAAAGGAAAAACACCACUUGAUAUUGCAAAUGAAAAAGGAAAUGAAGAAAUAAUAAAUGCUAUCAAAAAUUCCGCUGAUCCAACUGAAACAAAUCCAGAUGGAAAUGAACUUGAAGAUAUUUAA